AUGGGGUCGACACCAGUCAAGAAGGCUCGAACCGGGGCCUCUCCCCCUAGGAGACUCGAAAUGCUCAGCGAUGCCAUGUUCCCUUUAUCCACCAAGGCCGCCGCACUCCAAGUAAACCGCGAGGACGCAGUCUCCCCUCUCUUCUUCUCCCAUGCCCCUGCGAGGCACUUCAACCGCCCCCAGAGCGUUCCCGUCUCAGAUGUGGCUUCGGCCAUUCUAGCACACGCUCGCAAUGACGAUGCAGACCCCAUCACGACUCUCAAGCUCCCCAGAGCAAGCGUCAGCUCCACCAAUGCCGCUCUUUCUGGCAGCACGCCAUCCUCCAUGGACAUGUCUGCGCCGUCCCUGAGCCCUGACGUGCGCAGCCUGCCUCCCAGCUUGCAGAUGCUUCAGGGUGUUGGUGUUCUUGAGCUUCUCGAGCACGACGACAGGCCCACCUUCCUCGUCGAUCUAGCAAACCCAGUAAACACUCAACGGCCUGGGCUGCCUAUAGUGUACUACAACGCCUCUCUCCGAGCGUCUGAGUCACUCCACGGUCAUCUGAGCCCCGACCAGGAAGACCCUGAUACCCCCGACCCGAUGGAUGAUUUCAAUAACUUCAAAUCCUGGGUUUUGACUAAUGGUGUUGUUGAUUCCCUUGAUACCCCCUCGUCGACGUACGAAUACCGGGGAGUUACGUGGCUGUGCACAACUUUGAGGCGUCGAUUUCGAUUCAUCAGUGGGAAUGUUACCUAUCAAACCACUCGCCAGGCAUCACCAAAUGUGAUGAUGGAGGAGGAAGAGGAGGAGGAGGCACCGGGGCAAGAUGGCAGUGGCGACUGUCUAUCGACUCCAGCUACACCUGCUGCUGACAUCCCCGAGCCACAAGAUUACUUUGGCACCGCGACUGCGAAGGACACGAUUGAACCUAUGGACACAACCGAAAUAACUCCUGCAACUGGCACCAUAGAGCCAAUAUAUGACAUCAACCGACGCCACCCAGAUGACUUUACUAACCAGGUGCUGCAAUCACAGCCUGUAAGAUCAACCUUUGACUGGACCAGGAUUCCGUACAGCGACAACCUGCCCGAGCACAUCAAAUUAGCAAAGUCAGUAGAUUGGGCCUCCACGCCUCUUGGCCCUAUGAGUGAAUGGGGCUACAGCCUGAGAGCCAUGGCAAAUUUAGUCAUGGGGAGCCCCAAUCCGGCUGCCGUGUACUGGGGCCGUGAAUACGUCAGCAUCUACAAUGCCGCAUAUGUGGCACUGGCAGGCAGUAAACAUCCAUCCCUCAUGGGCAAGCGGUACGCAGAUGCCUGGUUCGAGCUCAACGACGAGUUCGCUCCCAUAUUAAAGGCGGCUUGGGAUUCCGGCCAAGCCACAAUGAAGAACGAUGACCAACUCUUCAUCAACCGACAUGGCUUUUUAGAAGAGACUUUCUUCUCGUGGUCCAUCAUUCCCCUUCUUGGUGAAGAAGGCGAGGUUGUUGGCCUGUUCAACCCGAGUUUCGAAAACACCAGGCGGAGGAUCAACGAACGCCGAAUGCUUACUUUGCGCGAAAUUGGAGAGCGGACGGCGUCGGCAGCUUCCAUCAGUGAGUUUUGGCCGCAGGUUAGGCUAGGCUUGGCGUUCAACGAGUACGAUCUUCCUUUUAGCAUGAUCUAUUCCGUCAAGGAUGAUGCCGAAAGCGAAGUGUCAUCGCUACAGUCUGGCAGCCUCCCGCACUCCCCUCAGCUUAUUCUCGAAGGAUCUCCUGGUGUUCCGGAGGGCCAUAUUGCAGCCCCACCAACUUUGGACCUACGUACAUCAGAAGAAGGGUUCGCGCCAUAUGUACGGCAGUCGUUGGCAAGAGGCGGCACCCCUGUUGUGCUUUCCGAAGAAGACGGUACCUUGCCAAAGCAUCUCAUAGAAGGAUUUGAGUGGCGGGGUUUCGGUGACCCUUGCAGGACAAUCGUCGUCUUUCCAGUCGUCCCCACAACCACGGGCGAAGCUGUGACGGGAUUUAUUGUGCUAGGCGUAAACCCCCGGCGGCCAUACGACGACGACUACAAACUGUUCAUUCACCUUUUGUCACGGCAGUUGGCCACUUCCAUGGCCUCGGUUCUCUUGUUCGAGGAAGAGAUUCGACGUGGCCAGCGAGCGGCUCACCUAGCUGCUUUAGACCGCCAGGAGCUCUCGGAGCAACUUUGGCAGCGUACGCAAGAAGCAGAAGAGCUGGAAACCAAAUUCACGCGUAUGGCCGAGUUCGCGCCGGUCGGAAUGUUCAUCGCCGACCCAAGUGGUCAUAUCAACUAUUGCAACGAUAUGUGGUGGCAGAUUUCUCGACACUCUCGGUCUGAACAAAUAGGCACUGCUUGGAUGGAUAGUGUACGAAUCGAAGACAAGCCAGGGUUGAUGACAGCUUGGACAAAGCUUCUUGAGCAAAAAUUGACCAUCUCGGUGGAGUUUCGAUUCAACUGCAGCCAACUGUGUGGAGAUCACACUGUCGACACCUGGGUUCUGAUGAGCGCAUUUCCGGAGAAGGAUGCUGAUGGCAACUUGGCGUCCAUCUUUGGCUGUAUCACAGACAUUUCUUCUCAGAAAUGGGCCGAAGAGGUACAGAGCCAAAGGCGUGAAGAGGCUGUAGAGCUUAAGCGGCAGCAGGAAAACUUCAUCGAUAUUACCAGCCAUGAAAUGAGGAACCCUUUGUCGGCUAUCCUUCAGUGUGUCGAUCAAAUCGCCAAUAGCAUAGCCUCGUUCACGGCCCAUUCGGAUAGAACAGAGGUGGACGCCCUCUUAGAAUCCUGUCUCGAUGCCGCCAAUACCAUCAAUUUGUGCGCCAGCCACCAGAAGCGUAUCGUCGACGACAUUUUGACGCUAUCGAAGCUCGACUCCAAUUUGCUUGCCGUUACUCCCGUCGAUGAACAGCCGAUUAAAGUUGUUCACCGUACUUUGAAGAUGUUUGAGUCGGAAUUGCUUGCUCAUGAUAUAGACUUUGAGUUCCGCGUUGACAACAGCUUCGAGACCUAUGGAGUUACUUGGGCCAAGCUGGAUCCGUCAAGGCUGAGGCAAGUACUCAUCAACCUCCUGACCAAUGCCAUCAAGUUCACCCAGGGCCGAGAGAAGCGUGCUAUUACUGUAAGCAUGUGUGCGACCAAGGACAUCUCCGAGAUUACGAGUCAGGGGACUUUUUACUUUGAGCGGAACGACAUACAGCGGACAGUCGGCAUGGAUAUCGACAACGAAGAGGAAUGGGGCACCGGUGAGCGCUUCAACAUCCACUGUUCGGUGGAGGACACGGGCGCCGGAUUGGGCGAUGAGGAAAUGAAGGUCUUGUUCCAACGCUUCCAGCAGGCGUCUCCCCGGACGCAUGUGCAGUACGGAGGUUCUGGGCUAGGACUGUUCAUCUCGAGGAUCUUGACUGAAAUGCAAGGCGGGCAGAUCGGAGUCUCUUCCCAGAAAGACGCUGGGAGCAAGUUCAGUUUCUAUGUUCAGAGCCGCAAAUGCUUGAACCCUCCGUCUCAGUACGAACACAUUACGCCGUUCAAGCUCGAACGCAAGAUUCAAUCUCCGGCUAACAACAGCGGCCAACCCGCGAGCUGUCCCACGUCGCGAAGCCAGUCAGAUGCAGGCCGCAGUCCCCUUUUCGACGUCCUCAUUGUCGAAGACAACAUUGUUAACCAGAAAGUCUUGCAGCGACAGCUGCGCAACUACGGCAACAACACGUUCGUAGCCAACCACGGCAAAGAGGCUCUGCAGACGCUAGCAAAAUCGAGAUUCUGGGCGGGCCAAGAAAAGGAAGGCGUCGAUAUUUCCGUCAUCCUGAUGGAUUUGGAGAUGCCUGUCAUGGACGGCAUGACUUGCGCGAGAAAGAUACGCGAACUUGAAAAGGAGGGAACAAUUAUCAAGCACAUCCCCAUCAUUGCAGUCACGGCGUAUGCACGGCCUGAGCAGAUUGAAAAUGCAAAGGCUGCCGGAAUUGAUGAUGUUAUCUCCAAGCCGUUCCGCAUUCCCGAGUUGCUCCCCAAGAUUGAGGAGCUCGUGGGCAAGUGCCAGAGCCUUUCUGUGUCGGAUAAUGCAUAA